UCUACAAGCUACAGGCUACAGGGGGUAUCUUACUGCCAAUUCCCAUCACCCCAAGUGACAACUAUCAUCUCACCUUGAUCGUAUAUAACUUGACCAGGAUGCUCCGCACAACCACCCUCCGUACCACCUUGCCCUUCACACUGACCCGAAACAUCCAGGCAAAUGUGCCCCCUGUCCAACGGUUCAUCUCCACAACCUCUGUCCUGCUCAACGAGCAGACAUUACAAGAGGAUAUCCGGUCGAGAUUGAAGGCCGCGCUCAAGACGGCGAUGAAGGCCAAGGAGAAGGAUACGGCGGGUACCAUCAGGGCUGUCAUGUCGGACAUCACCUACCACGAGAAAUCGCAAUCCGACCCCAACGCCGCGGCGAGCGAAGAUACCGUCAUCGACGUCCUCCGUCGAUCCGUCGACAAGCGGAUACAAGCCUCGGAAUCAUACCCCGCCGACCACCCCAACCGCCAAACCCUAUCCAAAGAGAUCGAGUUCAUCUCCUCCUUCCUCCCCCGAACGCUCGAACCGUCCGCCAUCACCCAGAUCUUGAGUGGCAUCGUCUCCGGUCUCAAGGAGGAAGAACGCCAGUCCAAGGGCGUCACCGGAAAGGUCCUCGAGAGGUUCUGGCAAGGGGUGACCAAGGGGGAGGUCAAGGAUAAGAAGGCGCUGGGCAAGGAGAUUGGCGAGUUGUUGAAGAAAAUUCAGGUAUAGACUAGGCCCCCGGGCGCCCGACCAGAGCCCUCGAGAUGGGUACACGAAGAAAGUCGCUCCGGAACACCCGAGAACCCCGAGCCAAGAACACUGUAACAUAAGCACGCACCACCAAAACACACCUCCGCAUGCUCGGCACCA